UUGGCCCUGGGCGGAAAUGGGAGGGGAGCGACCGAGGUGAUAUAAAGGGCGGCGCGGGGCGCGCCGCUGCGGGGUGGCGGCGGCGGGCGAGGUGGAGAGCAAGCCAACUGCCUUAUGACAGUCAUCUUCAGUUUGGUAGUGGUUUGUGACCCAAGAAAAGGAUUUUCCCACUGACUGAGCUGAAGUAAGGGAGAGGAGCCUGUCCUGAAGCUUAUGGUACUGUUCCUGCCCAUGACUCAGCAGAGGGGAAGGAAAAAAUGCUACCUGCAGUUUAACAGUUCUGUGAAUGAAAAAUCUUACUUUUAAUGCACAGCUUGCAACCUGGUAGGAGUCAAGGUGAUGGAUGUGGACACACUGUUCUGGGCCCUGAAAGUGGAACUCUCGCUUCCAUAAACUACCCACGGACAUCUCCCAAUAGCACAGUUUGUGAAUGGGAAAUUCGGGUAAAGCCUGGGCAGCGAGUUCAGCUCAAAUUCGGCGAUUUUGAUAUUGAUGACUCAGAUUCUUGUCAUUCCAGUUACCUAAGAGUUCACAAUGGAAUUGGCCCCAACAGGACAGAGAUAGGAAAAUACUGUGGGUUUGACUUUCAAAUGGAUGGUUUAAUUACUUCAAAAAGUAACGAGGUCACAGUACAGUUCAUGAGCGGGAUUCACGCUUCUGGACGUGGAUUUCUUGCAGCUUAUUCAACCACUGACAAAUCAGACUUAAUUACCUGUUUAGACAAUGCAAGUCACUUUUCCGAACCAGAAUUCAAUAAGUAUUGUCCAGCUGGAUGUGUGAUCCCUUUUGCUGAUAUUUCAGGCACUAUUCCCCAUGGAUACCGAGAUUCGUCAUCCCUUUGUAUGGCUGGUGUUCACGCAGGCGUUGUGUCAAAUACCCUGGGUGGCCAAAUUAACGUUGUGAUCAGCAAGGGCAUUCCCUACUAUGAAGGCUCCUUGGCUAACAACGUCACCUCAAAGGUGGGACCUUUAUCUACAAGUCUCUUCACCUUUAAGACAAGUGGUUGUUAUGGGACACUGGGGAUGGAAUCUGGGGUAAUUCCUGAUUCCCAGAUCACUUCAUCGUCUGUUCUUGAGUGGCCUAACCAAACAGGACAAGUAAACAUUUGGAAACCUGAAAAUGCCAGACUAAAAAGGGUUGGUCCUCCUUGGGCUGCUCUUAUCAGUGAUGAACAUCAGUGGUUGCAGAUUGAUUUGAAUAAAGAAAAGAAAAUAACAGGCAUUAUAACUACUGGAUCAACUUUAGCAGAGUACUACUAUUAUGUCUCAGCCUACAGAAUUUUAUACAGUGAUGAUGCACAGAAGUGGACAGUGUACAGAGAACCUGGCAUGGAUAAAGAUAAGGUAUUUCAAGGGAAUACUGAAUUGUACCAGGAAGUUCGCAAUAAUUUCAUUCCACCUAUUAUUGCACGCUUUUUUAGGAUUAACCCCUUAAAAUGGCACCAGAAAAUUGCAAUGAAAGUAGAACUGCUAGGAUGUCAGUUUAGUAUAGGUCGUGCUCCUAAAAUCACCUUGCCACCACCACCACCACCACCUCAGAACAAGAAUGAUGAGAAGAAUGCUGACUUCAUUGAUGACUUCAUUCAUUCAGUGAAGACUUCAUUGCAGACAGAUAAAACAACUUUCACACCUGAAAUAAAGAACACUACAGUGACUCCAAGUGUAACCAAAGAUGUGGCAUUGGCAGCAGUUCUGGUUCCAGUGCUGGUGAUGGUCUUCACUACUCUGAUUCUUAUCUCAGUUUGUGCAUGGCAUUGGAGAAACCGCAAGAAAAAAACUGAGGGCACAUAUGAUCUACCUUACUGGGAUCGUGCAGGAUGGUGGAAAGGAAUGAAACAAUUCCUCCCGACCAAAUCAGCAGAACAUGAAGAAACUCCUGUACGCUACAGCAGCAGUGAAAUUAGUCACCUAAGACCAAGAGAAGUCCCAACAAUGUUGCAAACAGAGUCUGCAGAAUAUGCUCAGCCCCUGGUAGGGGGAAUUGUCGGCACACUUCAUCAGAGAUCAACCUUCAAACCAGAGGAAGGAAAAGAAGCAAGUUAUGCUGACCUGGACCCUUACAAUUCACCCAUACAAGAAGUUUACCACGCCUACGCCGAACCACUGCCUAUAACUGGACCAGAGUACGCAACUCCCAUAAUCAUGGACAUGUCCAGCCAUCCCAGCACACCUCUUGGCGUUCCUUCCAUUUCCACCUUCAAAGCUGCAGGGAAUCAAGCUCCUCCACUGGUUGGAACUUGCAGUAAACUGUUAUCUAGGACAGACAGUGCCUCAUCAGCACAGGCACUGUACGACAUACCAAAGGGGCAGCCGGGGCCGGGCAGCACCGACGAACUGGUGUACCAGGUACCGCAGAGCGUGGCCCACCCCACUGGGAGCAAGGAUGAACUCAGUUAGCUCACGAGUAAGACAGAAUGAUGGCUUGUUUUUAAAAGCCAGUUCCAUAAAGCUGACAGUUCCAUUUUUUUUUAAUUCCAUUGUUUUGAUAUUGUUAGUCUUAAAUAAUACGAUGUUGAACCAAAAGAUGUGGUAUUGGGAGUCUGGGAAGACAGAAAUUCUGCCUUUCCUAAAGCUGUACGUACAAUUAACAGCUUGUCUCCUGCAAAACCGUGGACUUUUUUAUUACUACUGUACAAUUGUCUGUCAGACAUGAGAGAAGAACUCUUCAUGAUUAGCUUCAGUAAUUCAUAGAUGUGAAUGAUAAAUGGGGAGAAACAAUUUAAAGUACUAAAGCCAGUUCUUUCUUCCUAAUGGUACUAUUUCUUGGGGGGGAAAAAAUCCCACCCCAAACCCCAAAGCUCCUAACUUUCUAAGAUCUAUAUGUGGGCACUGCAGUUUCUAAAAUCCCUUUUUUCUUAUCAAAUGUCUGCACAAUUUUGGACUUUACCAACUGUCAUGACUGAUGGCAAAAAUCUCAUUGACUUCAAGACAUAAACUAUUUUUGUUUCUGAAUUACAUUAUUGCAGCUUUCGUUCACAGGAUGAGGAAUCAUCAGCUGUCUGUUCCUCUGAAGGUUCCUGCCUUUUUGGUUAGCCUUCCAAAACUAGAAGCUGCUGUCUCUGUGUCUUUCUGUUUCAUCUCCUUAAGCCACUCAGUCUUGUUCCUUCCUAGGGAUCCAGGAGGGACAAAUUCACACAAGGAAACUACAUGGCAACUGCUUUUUCGUUUUUCCCUCCUGAUUGAAGGCUACUCUGAAUAGCAUCUGCCUCCAAGUCAGACUUCCCUAAUGGUCAGUGUGCAGGAAGCAUCCAGGUGUUGGAGGUGACUGAAUUCAGAAAGGCCCUGCCCUGCCCUCCCCCAAAGUGUCUAUUGUUGUGUGUUCAGGUGUGAGCUUAUACAAAGAAAGAUCUGUAUAUACUUCUGUGAGUGCUUAAGGAAGCACACAAAUAUUCUAAUGGUGCACAGUUUGUGUUACACAUGCAUUUAGCACAUAUGGUACGUUUUAGCACAACUGACAAACUUUAGCCUUAGAGUUUUUCUUGUGAUUGUUCUUAUUAAAAGUAUACAGGAUUCCAAAACCUUUGCAAAAGAACCAGUACUGUUCCAAAGAGUGUCCAUUUCAGACGUAUUUAAUGGAAUUUGUAUCCUUUGAAUGUUCCAGUGUUCUCUACUAUAAAAAUUGCAGUAAGUCUUCUAUUGAAGUAAUGUAGACUAGUUUUAGCUAGGUCAUCACAAAAUGAAAACAGUUUGAAUACCAUGUUUGCCAUUUUUUAUCUUGUUAAAAAAGAAAAAGCACAGCUUUCUUACCUAAGUAGUAGGGGGGAAAAAAAAACCCCACAGUAAAAAUGCUUUAUUUUUUUCCUAACAGCAGUGUUGGGAGGAUGCUGAAUUAAUUCAUGCAUGUGAGACCCCCUACCUAGACAGUAGCCCACUUUUAUGGACUUCAGUGGUUACUGUUUGUUUUUGUAAUGUAAUUCAAAGCCUUGUUUACUACCCAGGUCCUUAAAUAAGGUGGAGAACAUUAAAUCAAAAGUAAAAUACUGUUCAAGAGUGGCUGCCACCAUGCCUUAAUACCAGUAUGGUAUCCUCACUUACCACUUGAAAAGUUGUUUGCAGAGGGGCUGUAUAUAAACUCUGUAACAAAAAUUACUUGUGGCCUGUACAACAUCUAAAAUAUGUUAUUAUGUAGAAACACAGAAUGGUCUGGGUUGGAAGGGACCUUAAAGAUCAUCUCAUUCCAACGCCCCUGCCCUGGGCACCUCCCACUAGACCAGGUUGCUCAAAGCCCCAUCCAACGUGGCCUUAAACACUUCCAGGGAUGGGGCAGCCACAACUUCUUUGGGCAACCUGUUCCAGUGCUUGAAUACCCUCACAGUAAAGAAUUUCUUCCUAAUAUCUAACCUAAAUUUCCCCUCUUUCAAUUUGUACGCAUUGCUCCUUGUCCUGUCACUACAGUUCCUGAUGAAGAGUCCCUCUCCAGCAUCCCUGUAGGCCCCAUUCAGAUACUGGAAGGUGCUAUGAGGUCUCCACACAAUCUCCUCUUCUCCAGGCUGAACAGCUCCAAUUUCUCAACCUGUCUUCUUCAUAGGGGAGGUGCUCCAGUCCCCUGAUCAACUUUCUAGAUAUCUCUGGACUUGCUCCAACAGGUCCGUGUCCUUCUUAUGUUGGGGGCACCAGAGCUGGACACAGUAUUCCAGGAGGGGUCUUACAAGAGCAGAGCAGAGAGGGAGAAUCACCUCCCUCAACUUGCUGGCCAUGAUCCUUUGAUGCAGCCCAGGCUGUGUUUCAAUUUCUGGGCUGUGGGCAAACACUGCCAGCUUAUGUUGAGUUUUUCAUCAACCAUCACCCCCAGGUCCUUACAGUCAGGGCUGCUCCCAAUCCUUUCUCUGCCUAGCCUUUAGGUGUGCUUGGGAUUGCCCCAACCCAGGUGUAGAACAUUGCUUUGUUGAACUUCAUGAGGUCCCACCUCUCAAGCCUGUCAAGUCCCUCUGGAUGGCAUCCCUUCCCUCCAGCAUGUUGACUGCACCACACAGCCUGGUGUUGGCAGCAAACUUGCUGAGGGUGCACUUCAAUCCAUGUCACCAUCAAAGAUGUUGAACAUAUUCUGUGCUACCUUAAAGCCCAAUUCUAAAAUUUCUGAUAAUUCAUUCUCAUUCAUUGAGAAUGAUUUUUUUUUUAAUUAUUUUUUUAAGAGUUGGGUGUAUAAGCCUAAAUGUGAAUGUAAUAUAAGACCCAUUUGUGAAAAACAAAUUCUUGCCUAUAAUUGUACUUUUGAUUUUAUUGCAACUUUUUCUGCCUGACAAAGCUAGUCUGCAAUCUUUGUAGUUCUGCUUAAACAGAUAAGUGUUCUUAUCAGCAGCAACUAUGACUUUGAAAUUAUCUGAACUAAUUUUAUUUGAAAGGAGUGGGAAGUUAGUAGUUUCCACGAAGAUGUGACAAUACAUACUUAAUCAACCCAAGUUAAGAAUCCUCUCCAUUUUCAACCUGUUCCAGUUUAGGCUUGGAAAAUUACCAUAAAAAUAAAUGGAUGUGUUCAGGUCAGUAAGAAUAACACACCUGGAUUUAAUUUUUACUGCAGGCCGGGUGUGGUAGAACCAUGGCUAGUGCAGGCUAAGGUGGUGUAAGAAUUACAGUUUCUUUACAGUGGGUUAUUUUUUAAGCAACCAUAAUGCAGCUUCAUUAUCUGAGCAGCAUUAGCUGUUACAGGAAUGGAUGUUUUUAAGAAUUUAAGCCCCUUUCCUGAAAGAAUUUGGUCCCAAGCUUUGCUCCCUGCUUCAGGCUUCAAACAUGUUACCUGCUAGGUAGGGCUAAAAAGGUAAGUUUGAAUAUGUAACAGUUGGGUUUAAAAUGUAUGCUACAAACAUUAAUUUCCAAAUCUAAGUUGCAUGACACACUUAAGACUAGAAUUCACCUGUGUACAAUAAAGCAAAGGUACAUUUCAUGGGUCUCUCUUACAUGUGAAGAUGUAUGGAUAUAAAAUGUAUUUCAGUCUUGUUUGGCUUGAGUAUUCUCCCAGAAUGUAUGUUCUUACCUCAGCAUGUAUUGUAGUUGCUCAGUAUUUGUAUAUGUUGCUAGAACUUAGACUGUAUAAAUAGUGAGGGGUUUUUAUAUGUAUGUUAAAAAGUAUUUUAAAUAAAUUGUACAUAUGUAUUA